GGCGAGCGCGCGGCCUGCCGGGAGGCGGGGUCAGAGGUGACUUCCGGCAUUCCGUGGCCGCCGUUCGCCACACGCCGCGCCGGGCGCCUGCCGUGCCCCUCCGCCCGUCCCCGCCGCUGCCGCCCCUCGCCCCCGCCAUCAUGCAGGAGCUCAUCGCCAGCGUGGACCACAUCAAGUUCGACCUGGAGCUGGCUGUGGAGCAGCAGCUGGGCGCGCAGCCGCUGCCCUUCCCCGGCAUGGACAAAUCAGGUGCUGCUGUCUGUGAAUUUUUUUUAAAAGCGGCCUGUGGAAAAGGAGGCAUGUGCCCCUUCCGACACAUCAGUGGGGAAAAGACAGUUGUUUGUAAACACUGGCUACGCGGACUGUGCAAAAAGGGAGACCAGUGCGAAUUUCUGCACGAGUAUGACAUGACCAAGAUGCCUGAGUGUUACUUCUACUCCAAAUUUGGGGAAUGCAGUAACAAAGAAUGUCCAUUCUUGCACAUUGACCCGGAGUCUAAGAUCAAAGACUGUCCCUGGUAUGACAGAGGCUUCUGUAAACAUGGUCCCCUCUGCAGGCACCGACACACUCGAAGAGUCAUUUGUGUGAAUUACCUAGUAGGAUUCUGUCCAGAGGGGCCUACCUGUAAAUUCAUGCACCCUCGGUUUGAACUGCCUAUGGGAACCACAGAGCAACCACCACUGCCUCAGCCAACGCAAGCACAGCAAAAGAGGACACCCCAAGUCAUUGGAGUCAUGCAGUCGCAAAACAACAACACUGGGAACAGAGGCCCCCGGCCGCUGGAGCAGGUCACCUGUUACAAGUGUGGUGAAAAAGGUCAUUAUGCCAACAGAUGCACCAAAGGACAUCUGGCCUUUCUCAGUGGACAGUGAAAGAGCAGAGAGGAGAGUGCAAGGGAGCUAUUAACACUGAGAAAAGGUUUCCGCCUAGUACUAUUUCUUGAACUAUUGAUCAGGUUGUUUUUUUUAAUGCCAUUACUGAAAGAACUGGUCAGAGGCUGGCUGCUGCUAAGCAACAUUUUUGUAUUUGUCCACAACUUUUUUAUGUUUUAACCUUUUUAAAAUAGAUUUUGGCCUCCGCCUACUUUCAUUGAGCCCUGCUGAAAGGCAGAUUGAAAAGCGGAUAGAUAUGCAAACCCCUCACCAUUGCAGCAUUCUACGUAAAUACGUCUUACUCCAGUGUUUCUUUAAAGUGUUUUCCUUCUACCACUGCUCUUUGGGGAACCUGCAGCCUUUCAGCCCUCCCUGUGGAAGCAGGAAGACUGAUUGGGAGAACUAAUACUUGAAAUGCCUUCCCUUCAGUGAGGAAGCAGUGAUAUGGCUGUCCUGUAGCUCUGAAAAAGCAAGCUCAUGUUCCUAGGUCCAGUCUGUUGCAGUCAGUGAGCUUGUCCUGGUAGCUAACUUAACGCCUCACAUACACCGGGAUGUAAGCCUCUCGUCCAAUUGCUUAGUUUCUGUGCUUCUUACUAUACUGAAGGUUAGAAAUUAAUCUUCUGCCUGAGAACCAAUCAGGAUGGAGUGGGGAGAAUAAAUUGGCUCUAUGGUUAGCCAAAGUAUGAGGAGCAAUGACCGUAGGAAAACUUAUUUAUGCUCUUUUUCCAUUUGGAAAAAGCAGGUAGGGAAAUGAACAUGGUUUGAAGCGUAGGAAUAAAAGAUAGUUGUUUCAGUCUCCCCUCAGUCAUUCAGCUCGCACUGACCAGGUAUUUCUAUAGCCUAGAGAAUACCAAGAAGUGGAGCUGUAUAUUCUUAUGGAAUGCUGCUUUUAAAAGUGGUGGAGCAUCCUUCUGAGAGUGUACUCCUGCAAGCCAAAACCCAUUAAUUUUUUGAGAAGACUAUUCAAAAGGGCCAAUGAUAAAAUGUGAAUUAAAAAAAAUUGCACCUACAAUGUGAGCCUUAUUGAUUCUAACCCAUCUCUCAUUUGCUGACUGCCUUUAUACUUUGUUUUUAUUGAAAUGUACUAUUGCAAAAAGUUGGCUGUGAAA